CGACGAUCUGCCGCAAUCGCCUAGUCGAUUGUCGCUCAGUCGGCCCGCUGCGCUGGGUUCUGCCUCGCUACCUUGGCUGAUAAGGCCCCUGUCACGCCAAGCCAGGUUCCUGGCCGAGGCGCCAUGCAGCUGCGCAACCGCAGGGACGUGGGACGUGGGACGUGGUCGGGUUCUUUUCUCUGGAGGCGCGCGGAGGGAGAGGGGGGCCAAAGGUAGGUAGAUGACGCCUGUGUCAUCAAACUUUGCUCCGACGCUGCCUUUAUUUCUUCCUCUUCCGGCCGUUCAGUCCUCUUAAACUCUGAGACCCGCUUGGAGCCGAUGCUCAUUCACCCUCUAUUCUCCCCCCAGCCCUCCUGCGCCACUAUGACCAUCCCCCGCAAGAGCCUUUCCUGGCUCACGGUUGCAAUAUCCAUUCUUCUUCCUCUUGCUGCUGCUGCUGCUGCUGCUCCUGGCUGUUCGUGCGGCUUCUACGAUGACACCACUGGCGACUUGUACACCGAGUCCCUCAUCACCUACUUCAACGAAACGUCAGACUUGUCCGACUUCGUCAUCGAGGAGUUUGAGCACAGGUCCGAAAAGGCCUGGAAUGGCGGAUGGCGCCAAGGUGCCGUCGUCGAAAAUGUCCAGUCCAACUACACCAUCUGGAACUCCAAUGUCACCAAUGGAACUACCCUUGGCCUCUUCUGCGAUCCCUCGACAAAGCUCCACCUCGUCAACGGCGGCAGCGUCAGAAGCCGCAGGCGCGACAUCCAGUAUGGCACUUUCCGCUCGCUCAUGCGUUCGCCCCAGGAAGGGACGGGCGGUAGUUCGUUGUCCAUGAGAGUGCAAUUCAACGAGACCGAGUCAAUCGAGAUUAACGCCAUGAACACCCAAACGUAUGCCAACGCCUGGGUCAGCACCCUCAUGCAAAACGAGUGGCCCGACCGUAAGCUUGGCGUCAACUACACCAUCUUGGGCAACAGCUCUAUUGCCAAUGGCACCGCAUGGCCGUUUGACUUCAUGGAGUUCCGUUUUGACUGGACCGACAAGGAAGUCCGGUACUACAUUGGCCAGAACAACAGCCGUACUGUUACCAAGAAGAAGCAUCACGCUAUUCCCAUGACCCCUGCUCCUCUGUACUUCCGUCAUUGGUCGACCGGCAACACUUACUCCAUGGAAGGACCCCCUUACUGGCGAAACGUCGCCAAUAUUGGCUGGGCGCGCAUGUUCUUCAACUCGUCAGAAAUGACAGCAGACGCCCACGAUGAGUUUGAUUCCAGGUGCACCGUCACCGACGCAUGUUCUGUGAAUGACAUGAGCCUCCGUGAGACCUCAGAGUACACUGUCGCAGCCACGAAGAAGUUUAAGCACAAAACCGUCUCCACUGGACGUAGGUGGGCGGCCAUUUGGAUCUCUGUCAUCUCUAUAUCUUUCACCUCCUUCCUCUUGCUACAUGCAAUCAUCAAGAAGGCACCUUGGAAAAGGUUUUCGCAGUCACAUGACCAGUCAUCCGGCAUUUCCUCUCCGGCUCCUCUGUACGGGUCAAGCGAAGCGAGUGUCAUAGAGUCUACCAGUACCACUCCAUUCAACCAAACCAGGCCUUCCUCUCCUACGAAAAAGAGCGCGGAUGCCUCAUUCCGGAGGUCCGAAUGGACACCGUCUGCUUCUGGCGCCUCGACACCAUUGCCGAGGUAUCAAAGCCGCGAGUACCUCCCAUCCACAAGCAGAAGGUUCGAAGAGGACGCUAUCUGUCCCAUACCGCCUCCGACCUUGCCUAGCGUCAACCCUGACGUUACCGCAUACCCUGCAUCGCCGCCAAGGAAUGCAGUUGCUUACGUCGAUGGUCAGGUCAUUCCGGAAUAUGCUCUCUCAGAUACUGCCAGGAAUUCAUCCCGAACCCUCGUCCCCUUGCCUGCCACUCCGGUAUCAAUGAUGAAGGAGCCUUGGUCUCCGAGAGAUAAGGAAAACAGCCUCGUGAAGCCCAAGUCCCGGGAAGACCCAACUAUCCAGGAAACCAACGAACAGCCAAUCAAGUCGACGACCAAUGCUGUUGCUACCGAAACGAAGAAGGCUCCCAUAGAACAGAGGCAGCGGGUUGACUACCUAGCUGGCCUUGUUGCCCUCUGUUCUAUUUUCGUCACUUUGAUCCAUUUCCAUCUUACCUAUAUUCCUGCCGUCGUCAUUCCAGGAUCUCCUGUCCAUUACCAGAGCGAGGUAUGGGCUAGAAAAAUCAUUUCACCGUUCAUCAUGAAUCAGAUGUGGCUUGGUGUCUUCUUCACCACGUCUACUCGCUUCCUAUCAGCCAGGUACUUUCGAGAAGGUAACCUCAUAGUCAUUGCCGAGCGUGCUGUCAAGCGUACGCCUCGUUUGCUGAUCCCCGUCACGGCAAUUGUUAUGCUGGAGUACUUCUUCAUCGACGUUGGCGCGACAAAGUACUUGGAAUAUCUGCCAUCGGUUACAUGGUCCACCUGGGCUUACGUCUCAAAAUUCCCUUCUCCGGGUCACUUUAUCAGCGAGAUCCUUGAGCUCAUCUACCUCAUCCCCAACGCCGUGCCGCAAAUCACUUUCAACUAUUGCACAGGUGUUCUCUGGACAAUAGCCGUCCAACUGCAAGGGUCAUGGCUUGUCCUUCUUGGCGCGGUCGUGGUCCGUGAGAUAAAGACGCCAUGGAAACGAUUCGGCUACUACUGGUUCUGUGUCUUAAACAAUUGGUAUGCACGGAACUGGGGCAGCUUCUUCUGGCUCGGUCUCAUGCUCACAGACUUGGACGUGACCUACAAGUGGCGAAAGUGGCUCUACCGUCGCCCGCUCGCAUACUACCCACUCAUGUGCUUCUGUGCCGGCAUGGUCGGUGUGGGUUUCACCAUGAACUUGCUUCCCAAUUGGAUUUCGUACAACUUCACGGUCGAGGAGAACGGUAUCCACCCGGACCAAGAGACAGGGCAGCCGAUCAAGAAUACCCCGCGGUUCGCAUAUCCCAACUACUAUGAGCCGCGGUUCAACAUGCUGCUGUUUGCGGUAGGAAUGCAAGCGAUUGUGGAACUGAGCACAUUUGUGCAGAAGCUACUAUCGUUCAAGCUAUUGGUGUUGGUAUUCCCGCACAUCUUCACCAUCUACCUGAUCCAUGGUUUCGUAUUCUGGAGUUGGGGCUCGUGGCUGUGCAUCUUCCUGGCGCACCGGGCGAUGGCAUACUGGGCAAUGAUGCUGAUCGUAGGCCUAACGUCGUACGCCAUCAUCUUCCUGUCGUUGCCAAUCAUCACGCCUAUCAUCGAGAUCCUCGGUCGCGAUAUCACGUUGCAGGUAUGGAAGUUUGCGUCCGAGAAGCCUGCACCCAAGCGCGCAACCCUAUUUCCAUACAACAAGUAUGAACUGGGCAUGGUGGAGGCGAAGAGCGAUGUCCACACCCAUAGAAAAGAGGAGGAGCAUGCACAUAAGCAUGAAGAGGGGCACCGUGAACAUGAUGAGAAGGGCUCAUUGCCGUUGGAGGCUUGAGCAUACUUGUUGGCUGACGAGUUCGGUUUUAUAGCUUCUUUCUUGUGCGUGGCAUGUGACAUUGAAGGUAGAAUGUGGAUGUGUCGCGUUUUUUUGAGCAAUGCACUCCUUUUUCUGUUUCUCUUUUCUGUCUUAUCAUGCAUGGGCUUCGACUUUUGUAUAUGUGUUUUACAAGCCGU